GCGAGUGAGAUGUCUCGCUUCCUGUUUUAUCUCUGAUAGCUAUGAUCCAUAUCCGAUUUCGGAUUUCCUGAUAUGAUUAGGGGUUGGGAAAGAAUGAAGUUCAUUCAAUUUAGCUAGUCUUUUCUGGAACGUAACUGUUUCGUAUGAUUUGGGCAUUUAGAGUACGGUGUAACUCAAGUAUUACGAUUCAGUAAACGUACAAAGGCAAAGCGCUGUUUUUAUUUGUGAAAAGAAGCGGCUAGGUUAGCCAGCUAGAUUUAGCUAAAGCCUUUAGCCUGCACUGUUGAAAUGUCUGCCUCGGCCGGUGUCUCUCCGUCAGCCCAGGGCACUGCCCUGGUCAGUCCAGGCACGGGGAUGUCCAUGUUUCGGUGGCUUGAGGUUCUGGAGAAGGAGUUUGACAAGGCGUUUGUUGACGUCGAUUUACUACUGGGAGAAAUCGAUCCAGAUCAAGCUGACAUCACCUACGAGGGUCGUCAAAAGAUGACAAGUCUCAGCUCCUGUUUUGCUCAGCUUUGCCACAAAGCCCAGACGAUUUUUCAACUUAAUCACAAAGUCGAGGCUCAGCUGGUUGGCCUGCGAUCAGAGCUGACUGACGUGCAGGCAGAGAGGGUGGUGGUGGAGAGGGAGGUUCACGACCAGCUCCUCCAGCUCCAUGCCAUGCAGCUGCAGCUUCACGCCAAGGCUGGGCAGACCAUGGACUCGGACUCCAUCAAAGACAGGAUGCCUGUUCCCUCAGUGGAGGAGAUGGAGAGGGAGCUGCAGGACAACAAGAAGGAGAAGGUGAAGGAAGUGAAGUUGGAGGCAGAGGUCAAGCUGCAUAAGAAGGAGAAUGAGGCCCUCCGCAGGCACAUCGCUGUACUGCAGGCUGAGGUCUAUGGGGCCAGACUGGCAGCCAAGUACCUGGACAAAGAGCUGGCUGGAAGAGUUCAGCAGAUCCAGUUACUGGGUCGGGACAUGAAGGGGCCCGCUCAUGACAAACUAUGGAACCAGCUGGAGGCUGAGAUCCACCUCCACCGCCACAAGACAGUCAUCCGAGCCUGCAGGGGGCGCAACGAUCCCAAGAAACCCCUACCUUCUCCAGUAGGGCAUGAAACAGAUGUACUGAAGAAGACCCAAGGAGUUGGUCCUAUUCGUAAAGUAGUGCUGGCCAAAGAAGAUCACGAGGGACUUGGAAUUUCAAUCACGGGUGGUAAGGAACACGGUGUGCCCAUCCUGAUCUCAGAGAUCCAUCCUACCCAGCCUGCGGAGCGCUGUGGGGGGCUCCAUGUGGGUGAUGCCAUCCUGGCUGUCAACAGCAUCAACCUGAGGGACGCCAAACACAAGGAAGCUGUUACCAUCCUCUCACAACAGAGGGGAGAGAUAGAGUUUGAGGUUGUGUACGUAGCCCCGGAGGUGGACUCUGACGAUGAGAACGUGGAGUAUGAGGAUGACGGCGGCCAUCGCUACCGGCUCUACCUAGAUGAGCUGGAGGAGGGGUCAGCCGCCAGCAGGAACAACGGCACCGCAGACUCCGCAUCGCUACAAGCUCUGGAGAAGAUGUCCGUGAGUGACAGCCCGGAGAACGGAGACACCGGGAUCUCCAGUGAGACGCCAUCGGAGGAGACCCUGUCUAAGGCUGCUGAGUCCGGAGAGAGCUCGUCAUAGAGGGA